AUGAACUUUCUUGCCAGUCUGAUCUUCGCUACGCUAACUGUAUUCGUGGAAUCAUCGACAGACAAGAAGACUCUGCCUGCCAGUGGUGCUGGCUGUUAUAAUAAAUGGAUGAAGCGGGUCAAUUAUGUCUGCAGAUACCCCACUCAAAGACAUCCCUGUUUCAAGGAUGCCAAAUCUGGUGAGUUUCCAUGCCUUAACCGAUGUAUCCACAACAUUUUUAAAUGCUAAUUUUAAAAUUUUCAGGUUCCGAUUACAAAGAAACGGCCCAGAAAGUCGCAAAGGAAUGCUGUUCGAAGGGAUGCACACGGGAUGAACUGGAAGAUUUUUGCUGCAAUAGUCGGGAUUGUCUCGAUAAAUGCUACCACCAGAUCAGGCAUCAUAAACCCAAAUUCCAAGACGAAUUAAACGGCCUUUUACUAUUGAUGUCACGGGAAGCAGCACGGCAGAAACAAGGUAUGCUGGAGUUCCUAACCAACUUUUUCUUUUUCAUUUCCAAAUUAUAAUAUUUUCUUUUCAGAAAGUCUGGAGAGCAUUGAGUAA